AUGACAUACGAGCGAUCAGUUCCCGAUGACGUAGAAUCCAGACACAAUGUAUGCAAUCAUUUCGUAAGACUUUCCGAAGAGUCCAAAGAUCGAGAUCCCUUUCCCAUCAAUGAUCUAAUAAAGUCAAAUAAGGACAAGAUCCAAACAAAUCUGGAUGACUUUAGUAACUCUAAAGUCGAGUCAAAGUUUCAUGAAUUGAAGCAUAAAUUGAAUAUUAACGACGACUACUCUAUAAAACUAAACGAGUUUAAAGGGAAAGUCUUUCCCCGACUCUGGGAACUGUUGUCGACUACCAGUGCUCUAAUGCUGUUACAACUCAUUCUCUACAACGACUAUAAGACCCAAAAAUCACAACUAAUUAAGAGUGCUUUGAAGGCAUCAUUGGUCCCCCAAUUGGUCAACAUUUAUGAGACAACUCGAGACAUACAAACCAAACAACUGGAAUGA